UCCGCUUCCUCCUCGCCAGGUUCCUCCCCGGGCCAAGCAAAGAGCUAGGCUCAGAGUCCUCGGGGGAGACAGACGAGCCUAAAGUGUGUGUGAUUGCAGGCGACAUCGUUUUCCACACCCUCGGGGAAGUUUGUGAAAUCUCGGCGUCAAAUCUGGGCUUUAAACGGAGUGAAAGUCAGCAGAGACGGGGAGGAGUUUCGGGAGUUUGGCCGGAGUGUGGUUGAGUUAUUGCCGUUGACAACAACCGACCGGUAAACCUGCAGCUACACUGAACCAGCCGUUCAUGCACCAGAUCUUGAAGCUAACAGACUUUGACUGUGAGUCCUGAGGCUGGUUUUGUACCUGGUCCAAAGUGUAGAGUCAAGAUCUGACAGCGACCCAGGACUUCAGGACGCCAGGUGUACGUGUGUGUAGAUGUGUGACAGCGGAGUGUGUGAGGACAAGCCCCCCGCCCCCCCUGUCAGGAUGAGCAGCCAAGGAGGAGCCAAGGACCCCCAGUCGGCCAAUCACAGCUCUCGGCCGCUGCCCUCUGUGCCGGAGGAGAGGAAGUCCAGAAACAAGAUCAUCUCCAUGUUUGCCUCUGAGAAAGGAGGCAGGAAGAAGGACCGGGACAAGGACAGGCCUGAGAUCUCCUCCCCGUCGGACUUUGAACACACUAUCCAUGUGGGUUUUGAUGCUGUCACUGGAGAGUUCACUGGUAUGCCUGAGCAGUGGGCCCGUCUCCUUCAAACCUCCAACAUCAGUAAGUCGGAACAGAAACAGAAUCCUCAGGCCGUCCUCGACAUUCUCAAGUUCUACGACUCCACCAGUGGGAAACAGAAAUACCUCAGUUUUUCCGCCUCGGAUAAAGACUCGCAGUCGCCAGGCAAGCAGGGUACAGCGACCUCCCCAUCGGGGGGCAAGGAUGGAGAUGAUGAUGACGAUGACGACACACCUCCUCCAGUCGUGGCACCGCGGCCAGAGCACACAAAAUCAGUGUACACUAGGUCGGUGAUAGACCCGAUCCCAGCUCCAGAGGUAGACAGUGCCUCUAAAGCAGCUGACAGGCAGAAGAAGAAGGGCGGCAAGAUGACCGACGAGGAGAUCAUGGAGAAACUCAGAACAAUUGUCAGCAUUGGAGAUCCUAAGAAGAAAUACACUCGCUAUGAAAAGAUUGGCCAGGGGGCAUCUGGCACAGUUUACACAGCCAUAGAUGUUGCCACAGGACAAGAGGUGGCCAUCAAACAGAUCAACUUGCAGAAGCAGCCGAAGAAGGAGCUGAUCAUCAACGAGAUCCUGGUCAUGAAGGAGAUGAAGAACCCCAACAUUGUCAACUUCGUAGAUAGUUUCCUCGUAGGAGACGAGCUUUUCGUGGUGAUGGAGUACCUGGCUGGUGGCUCCCUAACUGAUGUUGUGACGGAGACGUGCAUGGACGAGGCUCAGAUUGCAGCCGUCUGCAGAGAGGUCCUUCAGGCUCUAGAGUUUCUUCAUGCCAACCAGGUCAUCCACAGAGAUAUCAAGAGUGACAACGUAUUGCUGGGGAUGGACGGAUCAGUCAAACUCACUGACUUUGGCUUCUGUGCCCAGAUCACCCCAGAGCAGAGCAAACGUAGCACCAUGGUGGGGACCCCGUACUGGAUGGCUCCAGAGGUGGUGACCAGGAAAGCGUACGGGCCCAAAGUGGACAUCUGGUCUCUGGGGAUCAUGGCCAUAGAGAUGGUGGAGGGAGAACCUCCAUAUCUCAACGAGAACCCUCUCAGGGCAUUGUAUUUAAUCGCCACCAACGGGACUCCUGAGCUGCAGAGUCCAGAGAAGCUGUCUCCCGUCUUCAGAUCCUUCCUGUCCCGCUGUCUGGAGAUGGACGUGGAGAAACGAGGAUCAGGCAGAGAACUGCUGCAGCACCAAUUCCUGAAGCUGGCCAAGCCUCUGUCCAGCCUCACCCCGCUCAUCCUGGCAGCCAAGGAGGCCAUGAGGAGCAACCGCUAGAUCCCAGUCUCUAAAGACUAUAAGAGCUGACGCCAGUGAAAGCCAAACCAGCCAACAUCUUCUACUGGUCUACAUAUGAUGGCUGUCAGCACCCUGCUAGUGUUUUUUUUUUUAAAUUUUUUUUUUUUUUCAAAGGGUCACAAAAUGCCUCGCCACUCCUCCCAGUGUUUCUAUAUUGAUGCCAGAUUUAUCUUACCUUCUGUGCCUUGUUCUAAAGCCGCGAACAGCCAUAAUGUGUUUUCUACUUGUUGCAGCCAGAGCACGGGUGUGUUGGCAAUGUUGACACUGGUUACUACAGUAUGCAUACUAGGAAUGCGGAAUCACGGUUGCCAAGUUCCACGACUCUUUGCACACUAAAGGCCAAACACACAAAUGAUCUUAUCGUCUAACGAGCAGCUCUGGGAGGCAUUUUGGUUUGAUAAAAAGAUGGCGAAGAUAAUCAGGCCUGCAAACUGCAUUGGUGCGAGAAGUGGCGGGCUGUGCAAACCAUCCUCCUCGGUUUUACUGGGUUGUUUUCAUUUGUCAUCAAGCUGUUUUUUUAAUUUCCUCGUCAGACAUGAAAGUAUGCUUUUUAUAAGUUCGUACAAGCAAGUUUUAGUGCUGAUUUUCUCAGUGAAUUACUCUUAGACUCAGACAAAAACGUCUCCUCUAACUUAGCCCGUUAGGGACUGCUUUUAGCCUCAGGAUGAUUUGGGAAUAAUAAUCUUUUAAGAAAUUGUAGCAGAAAAAAGUUUUAUGACAUGAGUAAACUUGUUCGCCAUGAGAGAUGAGUAUUGGAGCCUGUUUGUACCUGGUAUCAAAAUGCAUUUUCGUGAUCUGAACACAAGUAGACAGCUUAGACACACUGCCAGUCACACCAGUGUCUAGCUGGUCCAACUCAUGGACAUAUUAAGAGAACUGGAUACAGUGUUGGAGGCAAGGCCCCAUUUAUUCCUAUGACAGCUGCUCAGUGGCGAUUGAAGCCAAAAAAGCUCAGUUGCCGCAGUGUGGGGUCCAUAAAACAAACACACUAUAGAGUAAAGGUGGGCAAGUGUGGCUGGGCAGCUAACUUCUGGUUUAACCAUCCGAUGAGUUGAAUGGGUGUAAAAAUGAUUUAAUCUUCUAGACUUUUGAAAUGUAUCAGACCACAUGGAUCAAAUCCUGAUUGUGAAAUGAGUCACUGAUUUACAGACGUCUCCUUCGCACUGCAAGUCUGUGGGAAAAAGGCUUUUGGGCCCCAUGACAUCCUUGAAGCUGUAAUUCCACAUUUGGCCACUAUGUAAAAAUGACUUUACAUAGUGGCUCCUGGGGACUUGUUCCAGCUGACCACUUACGUUCAGAUUUUAUUCCUGCCUACACCACUUUCGUUAGAAGGUCAUAGGGUCCUGUGCACACUCAAUACAUCCACACUCUCGCUAGCUGCUUGUUAGUCACAUCAGCGGUUGUAUCGGUACAGCUGGAGAUAUCGCAGUCAGCGAAAUUCAACAUGUCUCCUUCUGUGCGGCAAAACACUAGACAUUCAUGCAACACCUCGUCCAACUCCUUGUGAAAUGAGAGAGCUUUAUCGCGCUGUCACCAAAACAACCACCACGUCCCGCGCUGAUGACAUAUGCGAGUCCUUGUGGGGGACACACCAGGACGCAUUAGCAUUUAAACUUCAAAAGAUAAGUGGUCAAAUGUGUCUCAGACCACCUCGGCAAGUGGUUUGAGUGAUCGGAUUAAAGCGCUGUCCACUUGUUAUCAGUUCACCCAAGAUGCUUGUUAAGACCAGGUAUAAAGAGGCUCUUGGUGUGUGGAGAGACUGGAACCUUUGCAACUGGUUUCUAUGGUUUCUGUUGCUAUGAUUACACAUGUGUAUUCUGACAGGGUCCAAUAGUUUUGCAAGGGGCAUGGAAAACUAAAGCAUGCCUGUGCUGUGCUGUGGCCCACAGCAUGGGACAGUGCAGUCUUUGUGCAGCGGAAAAGCCAUAUUAGUGUGUCCUUGUCUGACUCUGUAUCUCAACCAUUCCAGUCAAAGGAAUGGGAUUCAAGUUUUUGUGCAUGGAACUUUCAAUUAUUUUUUGAUUUUAGAUAAAAAUGUCCGGAUUUUUUUCUGUUGUGGGGUUCAACCUUCCGGUGGCAGCUUCGCCAGACACCAAAAUACACUAUCAUGACCUUGACUCAGACUUAACACACUUCUGCUAUCAAACUCUCUGUGCAGGCUCCUCUGCAAACUAUGCAAACCCAAUCUGAACACUCUGAUGUACUGUUCAUCUCUAGCUGUGCCUUCUAAAAUAGACACGUUACUGUCGGCGCGUUGGUGCGAAUACAACGCAAAUACUGUAUGAAUCUGUCUGUCUGAAUGUGUCGAACUGGAGGAAGACUUUUGCAUUUUUUGUAUAUUAUGUAUUGGUGAUUUUUUUUAACAGCUCUUAAAAACAUAUGUAUAUCAUUGUUUUAUAUUUGUAACUAACAAAAUAGAAGACAAAUAUGGGUUUUUUUUUUUCAGCUUGUUUUGUGUACCAAUUCAUCCUUAGUUCCCUGAAUUGUUUUAUCGUGGACUCCAAACCAUUAAAUGUAUCGAUAAGCCUGAGAAAAUCUAGAUCCAGACCUGAGUCAAGCAGUAUUUGGAAAUGAUGUUUCUAACCUGUUUGGAGUACCAAAUGAGUUUGGUUUAUACCUCUUUUUCCAGCAGGUUUAGACAAUCACUGGAAAGCAUUUGAAACAUUUACUACGUCUGCCUUUAACACAUGCAUGAUACAGCAAAUCCCACUCGUAUGGUACUCAACAGGUUGACACACAUACUGUGUACAAAUACUAUUAACAGGCUGGAAUACACUGUUAUGUGGCUUUUGACCAGAACACACAUUCCAGUUAUGUGUUUAAUAUGAAUGAUUGAAGAGCUUAAAAUGAAUGUGUUGUUGUUGAUCAUGAAACCAUCAGCUUCUGGUGUUGAAUAUCAUCCGUAUAGUAUGUAAAUUAUUAUUAAAUGUGGACCGAAAUAGG